AAAGGCGGAGUGUGUUGACUGGUGUGCUGCCGCAGCCUCUUGCCGUGCAGCCAAAGUUUUCCAAGGAAUCUCAGUCAAGGAGGAUCCGCGGUGGCUGAGCUGCGGAGGACUUUUUCUUUUAUGCGGGACUUAACGCGACUCCUUUCCCGGUCAACUUUAUGACAAAGAGGGCAUCGUGGCCAGCACACUCCGGAGCCUUCUUUCUCACGCCAAUUUGAUUCCUCAAGGAUGUAUUUGUAUUAAAAGGGCGCCACAAAGUGCCGGAAACUUUUUCCCACCGACAUGGAAGGGAAUAUACCGUGGAUUAUUUUGUCUUUUUUAUUGUUUAUGCAACUUUGUGAAGGUUUUCGAUGCUCUGAUAAAUCCAGGCCAUGUGAAAAUGGAGGGACAUGCAUAGAGUCGCUCUCCCGAUGCAUAUGCCGUCCAGCAUUCAUCGGUCCGCUUUGUCAGCACCAGGAUCCCUGCCACCAAUCGCCGUGUCUUAACGGGGCCGCUUGCAAGAGCCAAGUGGUCAACGGUGUCCCGCAGUACAGCUGCGUGUGCCAGAGGGGCUUCAGAGGCCAAGACUGCUCGCUCAUUGACGCCUGCGCCACGAGUCCUUGCGCCAAUGGCGCCCGCUGUGCCAACUGGAAUAAUCACUACAAUUGCUCCUGCCCACCUGGCUUCCAAGGGAAGAACUGCCGCAGCGACGUGGACGAGUGCCGCAAGCCCGGCGCUUGCCUCAACGCCGGCCUUUGCAUCAACACCCACGGGUCCUUCCGCUGCCAGUGCCCGCCCGGGUACAGCGGGCGCACGUGCGAGGUGUCCACCCAGCCCUGCGCCCCCUCGCAGUGCGUCAACGGCGGCACAUGUCGCCAGACCAGCGACCAUUCCUAUGAAUGCGCCUGCCUGCCAGGCUUCCAGGGCCACAACUGUGAGAAUAAUGUGGACGACUGCCCGGGUCACAAGUGUAUGAAUGGCGGGAUUUGCGUGGAUGGAGUCAACACAUAUAAUUGCCAGUGCCCACCUGAAUGGACAGGCCAGUACUGCGCCGAGGACGUCAACGAGUGUCUGAUGCAGCCCAACGCCUGCCACAACGGGGGCACGUGCUUCAACACCAUCGGGGGCCACACCUGCGUCUGCGUCAACGGCUGGACGGGCGACGACUGCAGCGAGAACAUCGACGACUGCGCCAUCGCCGUUUGCUUCAACGGGGCCACCUGCCACGACCGAGUCGCCUCCUUCUUCUGCGAGUGCCCGGUCGGAAAGACGGGUUUGCUGUGCCACUUGGAGGACGCGUGUGUGAGCAACCCCUGCAACGAGGGAGCCGUGUGCGACACCAACCCCCUCAACGGCCGCGCCAUUUGCACCUGCCCUGCUGGCUUUGUGGGAGGGGCUUGUAACCAAGACAUGGACGAAUGCUCCAUCGGUGCAAACCCAUGCGAGCACUUUGGCAAGUGCGUCAACACCGAGGGCUCGUUCCAAUGUCAAUGCGGCCGCGGCUACGCCGGCCCGCGUUGCGAGAUCGACAUCAACGAAUGCGUGUCCAUGCCUUGUCAGAACGACGCCACUUGCCUGGACCGCAUCGGAGAGUUCACCUGCAUCUGCAUGCCAGGUUACAUGGGGACUUACUGUGAGACCGACGUCGACGACUGCGAGAGCAACCCGUGCGUGAACGAUGGCAUCUGUCGGGACAUGGUCAAUGGCUUUACGUGCACCUGCCAACCUGGCUUCACCGGCACCAUGUGCCAGAUUGACAUCGACGAGUGCGCCAGCACGCCCUGCCAGAACGGCGCCAAGUGCUACGACCGACCCAACGGCUUCGAGUGCCGCUGUGCUGAAGGAUACGAAGGUACGCUAUGUGAAAGCAACAUCAACAACUGCCAGCCCGACCCGUGCCACCACGGCACCUGCGUGGACGGCAUCGCCAGCUACACGUGCAACUGCGACGCCGGCUACACGGGCUACCGUUGCGAGAACCAGCUCAACGAGUGCCACAGCAACCCUUGCCAGAACGGAGGGAAGUGCGUCGACCUGGUCAACAAAUACAUCUGCCAGUGCCAACACGGGACGUCGGGCACCAACUGUGAGAUCAAUUUCGACGAUUGUGCCAGUAACCCGUGUGACUAUGGCAUGUGCAAAGAUGGCAUCAACCGCUACGACUGCGUUUGCAAGCCCGGCUUCACCGGUCCCAAGUGUAACGUGGAGAUAGACGAGUGUGCGUCGAGCCCCUGUCGCAACGGAGGCACGUGCGUGGACGAGGAGAACGGCUUCCACUGCCAGUGCCCGGAUGGGUUCAAGCCCCCGUACUGUUACUCGCAGGUGGACGAAUGCGGCAGCAGCCCGUGCGUCCACGGCGCCUGCAGGGACGACAUCAACGGAUAUCGCUGUGAUUGCGAGCCAGGCUGGGUGGGAAAAAACUGCGACCUGGACCGGAAUGACUGUUUGCCGAGCCCUUGCCAGAACGCCGGCACUUGCAUCGAUCAACUUAACGGCUUCACCUGCAAAUGUCGUCAGGGCUUUAGAGGUAACCUCUGCCAGGUGAACAUCAACGAGUGUGCGUCCAGUCCCUGCCUGAACAAAGGCACGUGUGUGGACGGCGUGGCCAGCUUCACUUGUCUGUGCGAGCUUCCCUACAGCGGCCCCACGUGUGCCGAAGUGCUCACCCCAUGUUCCCCGAACCCCUGCUCAAAUCAGGCCGUCUGCACCCACACCGCAGACUACCUUGGCUACCAGUGCAACUGCCAGCCCGGUUGGCAAGGGCAACUUUGUAACAGAGAUGUGAACGAAUGCCUCUCCAAUCCUUGCAAGAACCGCGGGACCUGCUCCAACACACUCGGGUCUUUUGUGUGCUCCUGCAGGCCCGGUUUUACCGGGCCCACCUGCGACACAGACAUCAACGACUGCUCCCCCAAUCCGUGCCUCAGCGGAGGCUCCUGCACGGACAGCGUCAACUCCUUCCACUGCAGCUGCCUGCCGGGCUUCACCGGGCCUCGCUGCGCUCUGGAGAUCAACGAAUGUCAAAGUUUGCCCUGCAAGAACGGCGGCACGUGCACCGACUACGUCAACUCCUACACGUGCUCGUGCAGGGCCGGCUUCACCGGCAUCCACUGCGAAACCAACAUACCCGAUUGCACGGAAAGCUCGUGCUUCAACGGAGGGACGUGCACGGAUAAGAUCAACGGCUACUCGUGUACGUGCCGCUCGGGCUUCACCGGCUCGCACUGCCAGUACGAGGUCAACGAGUGCGACUCGCAGCCGUGCCUCAACGGGGGUGUCUGCCAAGACGCCCUGGAGUCCUUCCGCUGCACCUGCCCCAAAGGCUACGCUGGCUCGCGCUGUCAGACACCAGUUGACUGGUGCAGACGCUCCUCCCCCUGCCAGAAUGGAGGACGCUGUCGUCAAAAAGACUCGGCCUUCCUCUGCGAGUGCGCUCACGGCUGGUCCGGACGUUACUGCGACAUCCCCCGAGUCUCCUGUGAGACGGCGGCUCGCCAAAGAGGACUCCAGACGGACGAGCUGUGCCACCACGGCGGCCACUGCGUCAACACGGGCAACACGCACUACUGCAAGUGUCCCGGCGACUACACGGGCAGCUACUGCGAGAGCCAAGUGGACCACUGCGAGGACAAACCCUGUCGCAAUGGCGCCACCUGCAGGGGAUAUGUUGGAGGAUACCAGUGUGACUGCAUGCCGGGCUUCACGGGUCAGAACUGUGAGCUGGAGAUCAAUGAGUGUCAGUCUCACCCUUGCCAAAACGGAGGCACGUGCAUCGACCUGGUCGGACAUUACAUCUGCUCCUGUCCUCCUGGCACUCUGGGCGUCCUCUGCGAGAUCAACGAAGACGACUGCGCCCCACCUAUGAGGUCUCGCGGCGCUCUCCACAAGUGCCUCAACAACGGCACCUGCGUGGACCGAGUGGGUGGCUACCGCUGCAACUGUCCGCCCGGGUUCACCGGCGAGCGGUGCGAGGGGGACAUCAACGAGUGUCUCUCAAACCCUUGCAGUCCCUCCAACAGCCUGGACUGCAUCCAGAUGCCCAACGACUACCAGUGUGUCUGCAAAGUCGGCUUCACGGGUCGAAGGUGCCAAAACCGAUUCAGUGCUUGUGAAUCUCAGCCUUGCCAAAACGGAGGAGCGUGCUCCGGGUCCAGUUCUGCCGUUGGCUACACGUGCACGUGUCAGCUCGGUUACACAGGCCCCAACUGCGAGCGAAGCAUGUCCUGCCGCGAGCUGUCUUGCUACAACGGCGGAAGCUGCGCUCUCACCACACGAGGGGCGCGCUGCAGCUGCCUGCCGGGCUACGGCGGGCCGCAAUGCGCCCACCGCAGCAACGAAGGCUGCUCCUCGCAACCCUGCCGCAACGGCGGCCUUUGCACCGAGGAGACCGCCUUCCCCUUCUUCCACUGCCAAUGUCCCAGCGGGUGGACGGGCAAACGGUGCGAGCAGACCGGCCGGCUCAACGAGGCCCCGGUCCUGUCGUGCCCGCUGACCGACUGUCACGGCAAAGCCAACGACGGCGUGUGCGACAAAGAGUGCAGCACGCUGGCUUGCCGCUGGGACGGCGGCGACUGCUCGCUGGCGGUCAACCCUUGGGCCCGCUGCGCCGACCCCCGCUGCUGGCGUGUCUUCAAUAACAGCCAGUGCGAUGAGUCGUGCAACAACGCUGACUGCUUAUACGACAACUUUGACUGCAAAACCAAGGAGAAAGUUUGCAAUCCCAUCUAUGAGACGUACUGUAUCGACCACUACGCCGACGGCCUUUGCGACCAAGGCUGCAACACGGAGGAAUGCGGCUGGGACGGCCUGGAUUGCGCUCAAAAGGUCCCGGAAGAUAUCGUGGACGGCUCCUUGGUUCUAGUGGUGCUGCUGCCUCCGGAGGAGCUUCUCCGCACCAGCACGGCCUUUCUGCUCAAGCUGAGCGCCAUCCUUCACACCACGCUACGCUUCCGACUGGACCACAACGGCGAGGCGAUGAUCCGACCCUACACCCGGCGGGAAGCGCGCCUUAAGCGGGAGCUGCAACCUCAGCAGGAGAUUAUCGGCUCCAUCGUGUACCUGGAGAUAGACAACCGCUUGUGUACUAACGACUGCUUCCCAACGCCCGAGAGCGCCGCCGACUACCUCGGAGCCUUGUCGGCCGUCGAAAUGCUCCGCUUCCCGUACCCGCUCAAAGAAGUCCGCGGUGAAAAGAUUGUGGAUGAAACGGACCCCAUUCCUCAAUGGGGCAAGCUGAUGCUGGUCAGCAUAGCGUCGCUUUUCUUGCUGAUCAUCGUGGUGUUAGGCAUGUUGAUUUCCCGGAGGAAGCGCGAGCACAGCACGCUGUGGUUCCCCGAGGGCUUCUUACCCAAGAAGGAGCCCGGCAGCAACAAGAACCGCAGGGAGCCGGUGGGCCAGGAUGCUCUCGGAAUGAAACAUAUGCCCAAAACGGUUGAGGAGUCUCUGCUUGGAGAUCACAGUGACCAGUGGAUGGACGCCGAAUGCCCAGAACCCAAACGACUGAAGAUGGAGGAGCCAAGCAUGCUGUCAGACGGAGAGGACGCCGUUGAUAGCCGGCAAUGGACGCAACAUCACCUGGCGGCGGCGGACAUCCGCGUACCGCCCACUAUGGCGCUCACGCCUCCGCAAGGGGAGUUUGAGAGCGACUGCAUGGAUGUUAACGUCAGAGGCCCAGAUGGUUUUACUCCACUUAUGCUGGCGUCGUUCUGCGGAGGCGGGCUGGAACCCGAGAUUGCCGAGGAGGAGGAGAGCGAGGAGUGCUCGGCCAACAUCAUCUCAGACCUCAUCUAUCAGGGCGCGUCGCUCGCCGCCCAAACGGAUCGCACGGGUGAGACGGCGCUCCACCUGGCUGCCCGCUACGCCCGCGCCGACGCCGCCAAGAGACUCCUGGAUGCCGGAGCGGACGCCAACGCUCAGGAUAAUACCGGACGCUCGCCCCUGCAUGCCGCCGUGGCUGCGGACGCACAAGGAGUGUUCCAGAUCCUGAUCCGAAACAGGGCCACAGAUCUUGACUCGCGCAUGUACGACGGCUCCACGGCGCUCAUCCUGGCAGCUCGGCUGGCGGUGGAGGGAAUGGUUGAGGAACUCAUCACUUGCCACGCAGAUGUCAAUGCAGUUGAUGAACUAGGUAAAUCUGCCUUGCACUGGGCGGCUGCUGUUAACAACAUGGAUGCGACGAUUGCCUUGCUCAAGAAUGGUGCCAACAAAGACAUGCAAGAUCUUAAGGAGGAGACGCCUCUCUUCCUUGCGGCUCGAGAGGGAAGCUGCGAGGCCGUCAAAGUUCUGCUGGCUCACUUUGCCAACCGCGAGAUUACGGACCACAUGGACAGGCUGCCCCGAGACAUUGCACAGGAGCGCAUGCACCAUGAUAUUGUGCAGCUCCUGGAUGAGUACAACACUGUGAGGAGCCCCCAGGGCCACGGCGGGCCCGGACUCCACCUCUCCAGCGGGCACACCCUGUCACCCCUCAUGUGCCCGCCCAGCGCGUUCCUUCCCAGCCUGAAGACCACCCCGCAGGGCAAGAAGAACCGCCGACCGGGGGCUAAGGGCUCCGGCCUGGGAGGUCAGCACGCCGGCGGUCUGAAGGACUCGGUCAAGGCCCGCAACAAGAAGCUGACCUUGGACAUGCAGAGUGCCCUGCUGGAGAGCUCGGUCACCCUCUCGCCAGUGGAUUCGCUGGACUCGCCUCACGGGGGUGCCAGCAAUGCCGGCUACAUCACCAACCCCACGUCCCCCGUGGCCAUGCCGUCGCCGGGGCUCUUCCACUCGUCCAUGUCUGUCCCGAGCACGCCCAUGGUGCACGCCGGCAUGCUGGACGGCGGCGGCCCCUUUGCUGUGUCUCUGGCGCAGCUCAACGACCUGGGCAAUGGCGGCAUGGCCAUGCAGGGCCGCGUGUCCAUGGCGUCGGACGUGGGCCACGGCUACGUGCUGAGUCCGUCGGGCCAGAUGGGGCUCAACAUGGGCCUGGUGAGCCCGGUCAGCGUGCCCUUCGAUUGGCACGCCCGGGCGUCCGCCUCGCAGUGCGGCCAGCAGGUGGUGAACCUGGUGCAGAGCAUGCCGCCGCCGCCCCCGCUGCAGCAGAACAUGCUGUUGCACCAGCAGCAGAUGUACCGCGGCGCCAUGUUGCAACCCACGCCCGUCACCUCCACGCCGAGCGUCAGCCCCGUCAAACUGCCCUCCAUUAGCGAGCAGCAGAUUAUGAGCCACUCGGUAAGCGGCCAGCAGAGUAUGGCCCGCAUGGCGUCGUCCACGCCGCCUACGCCGCAGACCUCGCAACCCCCGCCGCCUUUCUUCCAGCAGCCGCCUCCGCAGGCUCCGCCGGGCGUCGCCCCGCCUGCCCAAGCUCCCGUCCCCCAGCCGGGCUCCACGGAAGAUUACCCCACCCCGCCCUCGCAGCAUAGCUACACGUCGGCGCUCGACGGCACCCCCAAGCAUUACCUGCACCUGCCCACCGAGCACCCCUACCUGACCCCCUCGCCCGAGUCCCCCGAGCCCUGGUCCAGCCCCUCCCCUCAGUGCGUGUCCGACUGGUCAGACUCCACGCCCAGCCCUGCAGUCGCCGUUGCCGCGGCCGGCUCCGCCCAGACCCAAAUUUCAAAUAUCCCAGAAGCCAACAAAAAGAUGCAGGUGUUUGCUUAAAGAUGCAGUCCAUGCGUCAACCUGUUUCCAAGAUUUUUUAUUGGAUUUGGAUUGACUUGUUUACGCCAAGGACCGCCCGCCCGCCCACGUGCGAUGUUUGCGGACGGCCUGUGAGACACAGUAAAGGGAAAAACGUGUGUUGUCUGAAAAACUAGCAGACAAAUUAAUGAAGUAAUUCUGUCACAGAUGGACUUUAUUAUUAAAAAAAAAAAGUAUAUGAAGAAAACCAAGUCUUUUAUUUCAAAAGACUGAGGGAUCCUCUCCUAAAAACUAACAAACGUUUAAAAGUAGUUAAAAAUCGGAAGGGAAUUCAUUUAUUUUUAUUUAUUGUUUGUAUUUUUGUAGGUAUUUUCACACUCCUUUUUGUCCUAGUUUCAUGCAAAAAAAAAAAAAGUCCCACAACCUUUCAUUUGACUUCUUAUUUUCCUAAUUUAAUUUAUCCUUCAGGCCUGCUCAUCACCUCUCCUGGUAUUUAUUCAGGCCCGUUCAAAAGUUGGGUUGCGACUCCAGAGUUCCAUUUCCCAUUGGAUUCAAUUGUGCUUUUUCUUUUUGAGUAUUAAGAAUGUAGAUGAGCGUGUCCGAAGCACUUCAAGUGGUGACUGGCCAAAUGAACCACACGAUGGAUAUUUAUAUGACGGGAGUGGAAAUGAAAGCAUUCUUUAAUGGUGGCCUUUGAAAAAGAAAAAAAUAUUUUUUUAGUUUUUCUUUAAGGGACAAUUUUGACUAGUUUUGAAAAUCAGCCUGUCACUGCCUUUUUUUAAGAUUUUUUUUUUUUAUCUUUGUAACAACGUUUAAUACAUGCAUUCCUUUUUUAGUUGACCUCAGAUAUGCCAAGCUAUGCUCACCAGCUGCUAUUUUUUUCUCUCCAUCAUUCCUGAAAAUUUCAAUAUAGUUUGGGUUUAGGUUGACGUGCAUCCUAAAGGACUGUUGGAAGAGAUGUAAGGGAGCAACGCUACUGUGUAGUGCUGCACUUUGUUUCUUUUGACACCUUGUAAGGAUGGAUGAGGUUGCUUAAUCCAAUUAAGCCAAUUUCCCGUCAGCCUUGAUAUGAUUUAUGCAUCAGUAAAAGAACAAUUCAUAGUCAUUCAUCCGCACCACUCCCGUAGAAACUACUACUACUACUUCUACUAUUAGUUCUUUAUUUUUGUAUCCUGUUCACUUUUGUUCCCAAGUUCCACCCCGACUCAAUUUGUAACUGUUGUUGUUUUUGUUUGAUCAUUUUCGGGGUUUUAUAAAUAUAUAUAUUGUUUAUUUUGCCUGCCAGUUUUCCCUACCAGGUCGCACUGAGUGUUUGUACAUUUCAACUUUUUGACGUUUUCUGUGUGUACAUAUGUUUGUUACCGGGUAGAUGUUUUGUUGGAAAGGUCUUAUGUUUCUAAAAUGAUUGUUAUGUACUAAAAAGGACAAAAAUAAAAUGUACUUCAUUUAGCACAA